AUAAUAAACCUUCAUCCCAUUUAUUGCUGACAAUCUGGUUUUACUCUGUUGGGCAAUAACGCUUUGGUGGUAUAUUCACACUCCAAACUAAUCGUCACCAUUAAGGAACCAGAUUCUCCUUCCUAGGUUUCUUUGACAUCUCUCUCUAUUCUCUAUCGUCUGUUCGUCUCUUCAACUUCAAGGGUAGUCGAUUGGAGUAGAGGAUCAAGAGUGUGUCUUGAUUGGGGCAAAGAUUACAAUGGCAGAAGGUGAUAUUUACACAAAGGAUGGGACUGUGGAUUUCCACAACAAUCCUGCCAACAAAAACAAGACGGGGAAUUGGAAGGCCUGCCGUUUCAUUCUUGGAAAUGAAUGCUGCGAACGAUUGGCAUACUAUGGGAUGGGUACCAAUUUGGUGAACUAUCUUCAACUGCGUUUCAAUCAGGGAAAUGCUACUGCAUCAAAGAAUGUUAAUGACUGGUCAGGAACUUGCUACCUCACACCAUUGAUUGGUGCCUUUCUAGCGGAUGCAUACUUGGGAAGAUUCUGGACAAUUGCCGGUUUUGUAGUUGUCUACAUUUUGGGACUGGUACUCCUCACAAUGUCUGCAUCUGUUGGUGGACUAACUCCCCAUUGUGAUAAGGAUUCUUGUCACCCAACAACAGUUCAGAGCACGGUCCUCUUCAUCGCUCUUUACAUGAUUGCUCUAGGAACUGGUGGGAUCAAACCCUGUGUCUCAUCUUUUGGGGCUGAUCAGUUCGAUGAGAGCGAUGACAUUGAGAGGGAGAAGAAGAGUUCUUUCUUCAACUGGUUUUACCUUUCAAUCAAUAUUGGUGCUCUUAUUGCAGCUUCUGUUUUGGUGUGGAUACAAAUGAAUGUUGGAUGGGGUUGGGGAUUUGGAGUCCCAACAGUUGCAAUGGCUAUGGCAAUCGUGUUUUUCUUCUUGGGUAGCGGAUUGUAUCGUCAUCAAAAACCUGGAGGCAGUCCCCUCACAAGAAUUUUCCAGGUUAUAGUAGUGACCUUCAAGAAGUUAAAUGUAAAAGUUCCGGCUGAUAAGUCCCUUCUUUACGAAACUACUGAUGAGGAGUGUAACAUUGCUGGAAGUCGCAAGCUUGAGCACACCGAGGAACUCAAGUUGUUUGACAAGGCUGCGGUGGAGACUGAGAACGACCAGAUCAAAGGUUUACCAAGUCCGUGGAGACUAUGCACCGUAACACAAGUUGAAGAGCUGAAAUCCAUUAUUAGGUUGCUUCCAAUAUGGGCAUCUGGGAUCGUUUUCUCGACAGUGUAUGGUCAAAUGAACACCAUUUUUGUUCUGCAAGGUAACACAAUGGAUCAACACAUGGGGCCACAUUUUCAGAUUCCAUCAGCAUCUCUCUCGCUGUUCGACACUCUUAGUGUCAUCUUUUGGGCUCCUGUGUAUGACCAAGUAAUUGUCCCAUUCGCAAGAAAGUUCACAGGCCAUGAACGAGGCUUCACUACGCUGCAACGGAUGGGCAUUGGCCUUGUCGUAUCGAUUCUUGCCAUGGUCACUGCGGGGGUUUUGGAGGUUGUUCGAAUCGACAUUGUGAAGAGGAACAAUUACUAUGAUCUCAAAACCAUUCCAAUGUCGAUUUUCUGGCAGGUUCCGCAGUAUUUUCUUAUAGGAUGUGCUGAAGUUUUCACUUUUAUUGGGCAAUUGGAGUUUUUCUAUGACCAGGCACCUGAUGCUAUGAGGAGUCUGUGCUCGGCCCUCUCGCUUACGACCACCGCGCUGGGAAGUUACUUGAGUUCUCUGCUUGUUACAAUUGUGACUAAAGUGACUACAAGGCAUGGGGAGCUUGGUUGGAUUCCUGAUAAUCUCAACAGAGGCCAUCUCGAUUACUUCUACUGGCUGCUGUCAAUCCUUAGCCUCCUCAACUUCUUUGUGUAUCUCUUGAUUGCCAGGUCUUACAAGUACAAGAAAGUGACCGGACGCUCUCAUUGAGUCGAUUAUGAGAAUUUCCACAGACGGAGAACCAGAAGUUCCAAACUACUGCAUAUACAUUCCAUAACUGUUUGCUUUCUGGUUUUGAUUCUUUUGAUUAUGGUAGCAGUAGGUUUGAAUUAUUAAUGUUCAAGCAUUUAUUCUAAUAUCCCUUAGCUUCUUUUAGAGCACAACAGUAAAACAUUCUGUGUACUUUUAAAAGGUGCAGUUGAGUUUGGAGCUCAGCAAAUGUUUGGCCCAUGUCACGUACGUGUACAAAAGUUUCCCGAUCAAAA